UUUCUAUCCCUUUUUUCUCGACCUUUGCUUCACCGCACUGUAUAUUUUCUUUUUUUCCCUUCAGCCUCCGUUGUUCUUUCGUUUUAGAUCUUCUACGAUUCUGUUCUGGGCGUUGCACCGAAACCACUCGUUCAUCGCAAUGUCCGCAAUGACUGAAGAAUCCGAACUUCAAAACGGAUUCCAAGCACAAUCAGAGCCAGAACUCGAAUCGAAAGUCGAAUCUCAACCCGAACAGCAAUCUGAACCGGAAACGAAACCGGAGGAGGAAUUGAAACCGGAACCGGUAGUAACCGAUGCGGAUCUGAAGCCGGAGGAGGACAAAGAGGGCUCGAUUCAAUCGAAUGAGGUGGACAAACCAGCAUCCACCGACCAAAUUGCUCGUCCGGAGCUGGGAAAUGAUGAAGGGAACCGGACUUUCACGAUGAGAGAAUUACUAAGUGAAUUGAAAAGUGAAGAAGAUGAUGCAGGCUCUCCUUACAGUCAAGAAAGCACACAACAACAAACCUACCAAAACAAUGCUGCAAUGGAGUUGAUCAAUAGUGUCACAGGUGCUGAUGAGGAGGGCAGGUCUCGCCAACGGAUUCUUAUAUAUGCUGCCAGGAGGUACGCUACUGCUCUAGAGAGAAACCCAGAAGAUUAUGAUGCUCUCUACAACUGGGCAUUGGUUCUUCAGGAAAGUGCAGAUAAUGUUAGUCCAGAUUCUACUUCACCUUCUAAAGAUGCCUUGCUGGAGGAGGCUUGUAAAAAAUAUGAUGAGGCAACUCGUCUUUGCCCAACACUUCAUGAUGCUUUCUACAACUGGGCAAUAGCAAUAUCUGAUAGGGCAAAAAUGCGUGGACGGACCAAAGAAGCUGAAGAACUAUGGGAGCAGGCAACAAAAAACUAUGAAAAAGCUGUCCAGCUCAACUGGAACAGCCCUCAGGCGCUAAACAAUUGGGGACUUGCACUUCAGGAACUCAGUGCGAUUGUUCCAGCACGAGCGAAGCAAAAAAUUGUGAGGACUGCAAUUAGUAAGUUUCGUGCAGCAAUACAGUUGCAAUUUGAUUUCCAUCGAGCAAUAUACAACCUUGGAACUGUUCUGUAUGGUUUAGCUGAGGAUACGUUAAGAACUGGAGGGUCAACGAAUCUGAAAGAAGUUUCCCCAAAUGAGCUUUAUAGCCAAUCUGCUAUCUACAUUGCAGCUGCUCAUGCAUUGAAACCAAAUUACUCGGUUUACAGCAGUGCCUUGCGACUUGUUCGUUCAAUGCUACCUUUACCCCAUCUUAAAGAUGGGUAUCUGACUGCACCACCAGCAGGAAACACAAUUGCACCUCAUAGUGAUUGGAAAAGAACAGAGUUCUUUUUGAAUCAUGAAGCGCUUCAACAGGUUAUCAGGGUCGAGCAGAAACAAAUUUCCCGCAGCCUCUCUGGCAGAACUGCAGAUGUAGCAAAUAUCGAUAAAAGGGCUAUCAGAGUUGAUAUUCCAGAUAUUGUUUCUGUAUCAGCAUGUGCUGAUCUGACUUUACCACCAGGUGCAGGCCUCUGCAUUGAUACUACCCGCGGUCCAGUUUUCUUGGUUGCUGACUCCUGGGAAUCCCUAGAUGGAUGGCUUGACGCAAUCCGCUUAGUUUACACAAUUUAUGCACGAGGUAAGACUGAUGUUCUAGCAGGUAUCAUUACAGCCUAAGUGUUUCUCAUGUAAUUGAGCUUGCAAUUUUUUAUUCAGAUUGUUUACAUCCGUCUUCAAAUUUGAUUGGAUCUAAUUUGAAUCAUGUAUAUUAUCAAAAUUUUUGGAAUACUAAGGUUAAGCUAAUUGUUCUGUCAAAUUAUUCAUUUGGUA